CGGUGUCCUUCCUUUCACUCUCUGUAACUUUGCUGCUGUCGCCCUGAAAUUCCCUCCCUGUGGGGCAAUAAAGAACAUUUCUAUUAUUCUGUUCUCUAUUCUAUGAAUCCUGCCGGAACCACAAACCAAUCAUGUGUCUGCAGAAGUCGGGUCUUUAUUUGGUGCUGCAUGUAUUGAAUUAAACUCUGAUAGGCUCCUUGGAAACGUCCUCCUUCAUGAUCGGGGUAUUAAAUGUCGUGCAGGUUGAGAUUAAUCAACUUCUACCUGAAACGAACCUGAAGAUUCAACUGGAACAAAGAAAACCUGAGAAAUCUGCUGCUGUUCUCUCACCGCUGUGAAGAAGAACUCAACCGACAGAAAUGCUGCCGUUGCUGUUGCUACUGGUUCUCUCCUCAGCCAGUCCUCAGGACCAGCCACCAGAUGAAAGUGGUAGGAGGGGAAAUGUCUCCUCCCUGAACCUCAAUCCAGCGCAUGAUGUUGCUAAAAUCGAAGCUAACGUGUCCGUCUCAAUGGUCCGACGUGUUCUGGCUUCUAUUGCACUCAAACACAAACGUCCAGUAAACGUGACGCUGCCAGAGGUUGGUGAUACAGGAAAACUGCGAUGGGAAAAAUGGAACGGUUCCCUUCCUAAUGGAUCUGUUUCCAUUUACAACAGCUACGCUGAUCGCAUCGACUACAUCUGCAAAGUCGGAUGCAAUUCUGGUUUUUACAACCCCAGAAUGGGCCCUUACUGUCACUACCCAGAUAAGAACAAAGAGAAUCUUUCCUCCUCUUUUCAAAUCCUUGUGAAUGAAGAUAAUUUUGAAAUUGUGGUGUGGAAGGAAGGUUCUUAUGGUUCUGUCCCAAAGAAUUCAAUCAGAACCUGCUCCAGUGAAGAAAUGUAUGUAGGGAAGAACGAGUACGGAUUGGGGAAGGUUGACCUGAAAGAUCAAUGUUUUUAUCUUCCCUGGAAGGGAAGUCAGUAUUGGUACAGGAGCUAUGAGGUUCUGACCCAAGUGAAGGCUGAAGAAGAUCUCAUCUCUGAUGUCAGUUAUUUCAUAAACAAAGCUAUAAUCAUCAAAGGGCUUCCCACAACCCUCCAAAGCUCCACUACUGUCAACCAUGCCCUCAGUCCUGUGAUACAAACAGUUUCUCUGACUAAGACGACCACAGAUGAGAGACGGUGGGACAUCAGCUCCUCCGUCACAUUCGGUGUAAGAACGACCAUCAGUACAGGAAUUCCCUUCAUUUUGAGUGGAAAUAUUGAAAUCAGUGCAGAGACGACUCAUACAUUCUCAGGUGGACAUACCUGGACAGAGCAGAUCUCUCACUCUGUGACGUUACAGCUUACCGUACCACCAAACCACAGCUGCACUGUAAAGAUGGUUGGUUAUCAGUACAAAAUGGAGAUUCCCUUCACCGCCCGCCUGAAGCGAACCUAUGAAGACGGAGAGACCAGAUCAGUCAUCAUCUCUGGAACGUAUCAUGGAGUCCAAGUUGGAGAAAUCAGGGUCGAGGUGGAACCUUGCCAACCUCUGUCCAACUCAGAACGCUCUUCCAAAACGACAUAGGAUAUUUGAAGUGUUGAAAAACUCCUAAAGUACAGCUGGCAAGGCUUUACCAGGCAUUUGAUUUAGAGCUUCAGCUUCAUUUAUGCUUUUUAAUCCAUAAUGUUUACAGAUUUAAUUAGUUGGGGUGUAACAGUGUAUAAUAAUAAUAUUUAUUGUCAUUAUAGAAACCAUGCAAUAAAGUUACAUGGUUUAUAA